AUGAUUCCCACUCUGAAACUCACCAAAACACUCAUGACACAUCUCCUUCAUCAGAACACCAUCAUCAUUCCACUCAUUCUGACCCACACCAUCAUCGUCAUCAGCACCACCAUCACAAGUCUAACACUUAUCCAAAAGGUCUUGCUCACUCUAAAUCAUCCCAUAAUUAUGGAAAUCAUCAUAACUCACAAUCUCAAAGUUCCCAAGAUCAUAGCCCACCACAUUCCAAAGAGCACUGCCACCACCACAGUUCUGACUCACAGUCUCACCACAAUCGCUGUUUUGACCACACAGAGUCUUCUCACCACCACCAUUCCCAUUCAGAAUCCCAACACCACCAUGAUAUUGAGCCUCAAAAAUCUCACCAUUUCCUUUCAGAAUUUAAAUCUGAUCAACACCACCUCCAAAAGCCUCAAGACUCCCACCAUCAGUCUCAUUCAGAUUCCCAUCAUCACUCCAAUCCAGAGUCUAACCAUUCUCAUCAUAAUGAGCAUUCAGAAUUCCAUCACCAUUCUCAACCAGAUUCCCACAGUUAUAAUUCCCAAGAUCACCAUUAUCACCAUGAUUAUCCUGAAUCCCAUAGUCAAGGACCAUCAUAAUGAUGAUCACCCAAGCCCACUUCGCCAUUCUCCAGUUGGCCAAAGGUCUACUUCUCCACAUUCCACUAAAUCGGAUUCAUCAGCUAGCUCCAUUGUCCAUGAUGACCAAUCCACAGUAAGCUACCAAGCAACAUCACCAUUCCCAAAAGAAACUGACUCAGAAUUGCAGAGGUUAAUAAUGUUACAGGAGCAGAAUGAGGUUCUCAACCACAGCCUGCUGCAGACCACUGUGCGAAUGGAAUGCAUGGGAGCAGAGUUCAAAACCGGUCACCAGCUCCUUGAGUCUGAGUUACAAAGAACUCGCAUAGAACUUAACUGCCUAAUGGACCGGUUCACAAGACUUCAGGACAACUACUCCAGCACACAACAAACCAACCACCAUCUGGAGAAGAAAUUGCAUUGUGUGGCACAAAGCAUGGAUGGAGAGCGUGAGCGACUGAACCAGCGUGUCUCUCAGCUCACAGAACAGCUUUCUGCAGCAAAGACAACCAUCCAAAGUCUGGAAACCAUUAAUGUGACAUCGAUGCUACAGGAUGCCCUAGUGAAGCACUUAAAAUCUGAUGAUCCUAUCACUCCACUACCAGUGGCCCCACCUCCAGCUCAGUUCAUGGAUAGUGACCAUUAUGACAAAAGGGAUGACCAAUCAUUGGGAACGCUCCCAGAAGAGGAGGAAUCCGACUGGUCAGAAAUGGGGGAGGAGGUUUUAAUGGUUUCACAGGGAACUCAUGAAAACACUUAUUUUCAAUGGCAGCAGAGACAAGGCUGCUGGGAGGGGGCAAAUCAGUAUGGGAGGGGGAAUGCCGACACAGAAAGUGAAUCAGGGGGUGAGGAGAACAAAACACACCAACCUCCUCAUGGCCUACAGAUACCACAUCUCAAGUUUACUGUUCACCCCGAAACCUUGCCGGUUCCCAUCCAAGACGUCAGCCUAGCCCGUUUCAAGCAGAGUCCAGAUGGUCCAGAAUCCGAGAGCUACCAGAUCACAGAUGUACGCAAUCUGGGCUCCCCCAUUCGCGUCCUCUCUGCUAGUCUGGAAGAGAUCCACUCCAUUGGGCUGCUGAAGAUGCAGGAUGAUCAUGGCCAGCUGAGGUCCAAUAAAUCCAUGAUGGACCUCCACCAUACACAGGUUGGCACCAGACAGGUCUCGUAUGUGGAUGAUAUUGUUUGUAAUUGGAGAGAAACAAACAGCCAGGGCUCUGGAGAAGAUGUCAGUGGUAUGGUUGAUCUGGAGUCUGCUCAAAAAAUGCUCAACCACUUCAUCCAUGAUGGGGAGAGUACACACUUGUGAUACAAGGGUAUAUAGAAGUACAUUUGUGGAUGGUGAAUUUGUCGUAGUAUAAACUAUGGCAAGUAAAAGUGAAGCAAUAUAGGUCAGAUAAUUUGGAAACCUAUAUUUUAUUUAUGAUUCACAAGAUGGAAAUAUACUUAUGAUAAACUUAAAGAAGAAAAGAAAUGUAUAGUAGUUCUCAAAUAGUUUUGCUUCAGGACCCUGAAUUUACAUUGGACUUCUAGUAAACACCAAAUACAGAUAUAAACAAAACCCAUUUUUCAUGUAGUCUAUGUUGUUUUUCUUUUACAUUGCAUGAUUUUGUUAAUGGUGUUCCAGGAUGAGGGCAUGUCACACAAUCUGUCCACUUUGGCAUCUGCUUCAUUUGGCUAGAUUCUACCAAGAUGAUGACAGAUGAUGACAGUAGAGUUUGUCAGCACACACAUCCUGUAACAGCAAAUACAUUAAAUAUGGGUUCCUGUAGCUUAACUGGUAGAGCAUAGCGCUAGCAACCUUUGAUUCCCAGGAAACACAGAAAUUGAUACAAUGUAUACCUUAAAUGCACUCUAAACGCACUUUUCCACUGCACGUUACGGUUCGACUUGCCUCAACUCUACUCCCUUUACUUUUCUGAGCUUGCAUUUCCACUGCAGUUUAGUGUCACCAAAACGUGGGUGGGAUUAUAGGCUGAUCAUCAUAGUUGUGGCACCUCUACUGUCGUGACAUCAUCUUAAACACGACACAAACUGACCAAAACAAUACCACGACCGCUAGCUGUUAGCUAUUAGCUCAUUGUGCUGCAUAAAGCAGUUGUUGCAUGGUGAUUUUAUACAAGUGUAACAGUUAAAUUGGCCUGGUUGUUUUAGAAGCAAGCUUCCAGUAGCUGGGCAACUAAAUAAAGUGAAGCUUUCAAGCAGAGAAUAGAGUUAACGUAACAAAACGUACCAUCCUCCAUCGUGGCUGAGUCCAGGGCACUCUUCCUCCCAUUGCUUGCCGGUUUAGACAGCGUCCAUUUGGUCGAACCACUUCCAGUUUUCCUUGAUGGUUCUGUAGUCACUUUUAAGUUUUUUUACUUUUCCCUACACUUUUGGUAGGUCCGGUGGUAGCUGUGUGUGUCCAACAGCUGAGAACUUCCUGAGAGACCUUUGUUUUGCUCAUCACUAACAAGUGGACCGUCUGCACCUUGUUUAUUGACCACAGCGUGGUUUUGCGCACAGCCAUUUCUUUUUUUGCAAUUCGAAAGUUGUGUGAACAAAUGAUACUGCUAUCGCUGUUGCUAACUUUAAAACUAGCGGGUUGAUGUCAAGUGUCAGAAAUCCAGUGCUAUCUAGUAGAAAUCUAGUAGUGAAGAUUUUCCCUGACCAAUCAGAGAUCUGCAGGAUUUUGACGUCACAUUUAGUGUCGGCUCGGCUCGCUUGGAACCUCGACUGAGGUGGUACAAAAAAAGUAUCAGAUACCAGGUACUAUCCACAGUGGAAAACCCCAAAAAAGCGAGCAGAGUCGAGUUGAGUCGAGUCGAGUUGUACCGUGCAAUGGAAAAGCCCCUUAAGUCACCCAAACCCAGACAUCAAGUCUGAAGAUAUAUUUUCUUUUUUCGUCCUUGAAUGUGUUUUUAGGAAGCCACUAAUUAUAUAUAUAUAAAGAAAAAAAAUUAUAUAUAUAUAUAGAAAAAUAAAGACAAAUAAAUUAAUUUAAAUAAAGUUAUUUUAUUUUUCAUUUUAAUAUUUUUGUGUGGCUUCAGAGAUCAAUCCAAUUUGCUUUCAGGUGACUAUUGUGUGACUUUAACCAGCUGUAACAUUCAAUAUACAUUUUCCCACAUCAAAACUGAUGGUGUGAUAUAAUUCAGUGUAAUUUUGUUUAUGACUAUUUUUAAUAAUAAAAAAUGUUUAAUAAAUGUUGCAUUCUGCUAUGCUGAGGGUUAAAUAUGUAUAUGUCUAUUAAUGUUGCUAGCCAAACUGUGCAAAAGUUAGUUGAAUUUUACUUUUUUGUUAUUAUUUGCUUUGAGACUUGGUUUCCCCUUGCUAUCUGAAUCCCAAUCAUCCAACCUAUUUUGGGCUUCUGUUUACCUUCAGAUCAAAAAUAUUGUAUAUAGUCUCUCUCAGCACCAAUGAAGGAUCCACAAGGAUCCUACAGAUGUACUGUAGAUCAACAGCAAACAUGACUAUGGGAAUUUCAUUUUAACCUUUUUUUCACCCUUAGAAGAUCCUACUCUUUGCUACAAUCCUGUGUCUAAAUUUUUUUGGGUUUGGUAUAGAAUGACAAAAUAUUGCUAGAUUCAUUAAAUAAUUUACACUAGAAAUAACUGAACUUUGCUCAUUAGAUGUUUAAUCUUAUUUAUUCAAUAUUAGUUUUUUUAUGAUCUGCAUUUAUUUGAUGGCUUAUGUAUUUGAGCACAUGUGCUAAUGAAGAGGUUAUUAUGUAAAACAAUAAAGAUAUAAAAAAGAGAAUGGAGAGUGGAAAUAAUGGGUAAGAGAAGAGCUAUUAAGCUUUACAUAGAGUAUAAUGGUGGGCAGGAUGUGUGUGUGUGUUGGGGGGGGGGGGUCAUUUUCAUCCCUUACAUUUUCCCAUCCCAUUGCUGCAGAAUGUUUUAGUGCAAUGUCAUGAGAAUCUUUCAACUUUUUGGUAAAAAUAAAACUGUAUAAUGCAUCUUCCUAAAUGUAUUACCUAGU